CAACAUCGACACACGCACAUGUUGUUUAUAUUUCAAUUUCCUAGAUCAAUUUCUUUUACGCCGCAAAAAAAAAACAUAAAUUAAUGCUGUCAGGAUGAAGGUUAAAAUGAUCAGUCGCAAUCCGGACAAUUAUGUCCGGGAAACCAAACUGCAGCAGCACAAACUGCCCAGGAACUACGAUCCUUCGCUGCAUCCCUUAGAGGGUCCUAGGGAAUAUGUGCGUGCCCUGAAUGCCACCAAAUUAGACCGGGUGUUUGCCAAACCCUUUGUUGGCAACCUAAGCGGACACCGCGAUGGAGUCUCUUGUUUUGGAAAGCAUCCCAAGCAACUUUCCAGUUUGGCCACAGGUGCUUAUGAUGGAGAGGUUCGCAUUUGGGAUCUGGCCAAUAGGAUAAGUGCCCGGCACUUCGUGGCUCACGAUGGUUACGUAAGGGGUAUUUGCUACGCCCGCGAAGGAGACCGUAUCUUCACCGUGGGCGAUGAUAAAACCAUCAAGGUUUGGAAGACAGAGGCUCCAGAGAUUGGCGAAGAUGAUGUUCCAGUCAACACAAUACUUACUAAAUUUGGUCUCCAUGGCAUUUCGCACAACCGCAAAGAUAACAAAUUUGCCACCUGCGGCGAGGUGUGUGCCAUUUGGGAUGAGAAACACAACGAUCCUCUGAAGACUCUGAAAUGGGGCGUGGACACCCUGCACACUAUAUCCUACAAUCCUGUGGAGACUAGCAUCCUGGCCUGCUGUGCAAGUGAUCGCAGCAUUAUACUAUACGAUCAACGGGAGGCGCAACCCUUGAGAAAAGUCGUUCUCACCAUGAAGAGCAACAAGUUGGCUUGGAAUCCCAUGGAGGCGUUUAAUUUCACAGUGGCCAACGAGGACUGCAAUUUGUACACCUUUGACACUCGCAAGCUUCAGACUCCCCUGAAAGUGCACUUCGACCAUGUUUCUGCCGUCACCGAUGUGGACUACUCGCCCACGGGCAAGGAGUUCGUUUCGGCCAGCUACGACAAGACUGUCCGCAUUUACGAUGCCCACCACAGCCACUCGCGGGAUAUUUAUCACACCAAACGCAUGCAGCACGUGGUCUGUGUGGCCUGGUCCUUGGAUAAUCGAUACAUUUUCUCCGGCUCCGACGAGAUGAACGUGCGCAUGUGGAAGGCCAAUGCUUCCGAGAAACUGGGUGUCAUUCGUCCGCGUGAACGGGUCAACUUCAAUUACCAGGAGGCACUGAAGAAAAAGUAUGCCGCACAUCCACAGAUCAAGCGAAUUGCUCGCCAUCGCCAGGUGCCACGACACGUGCUCAAUGCACAGAAGAAGAUGCGCACGGUCAAGGAAAAGGAGCAGGUCAAGGAGGCCAAUGUGCGCAAGCACUCCAAGAAGGGCAAGGUGCCCUACGUCAGCGAAAAGAAAAAGCAUGUGCUGAAGGAGGAGGUCUAAAGACGUGUCUUUACGACGACUGUAGUGGGAUAAGUUUGAAUAAAAUUGAUUUUUGUAAGGCCAA